CGGUCGCAUCUCGUUCACGGCCGCUCCGCAAAACCUCGUCGCGGGUCUGGACUCCGGACCAUCCUCCGCCGCACCCGCACCCUACGCCGGCGAUCCGUGCCGCCGCCAAUGGCCGCCGCCGCAGCACUAAAACCCCUCCCGUUCCUCGCCACCGCCUCCAGCACUGCCGCCCUCACCACCCGGUCCCCACUUGCCCGCUUACGCACUCUGCGGUCCACCCCAACCUCCUGUUCCUGCGUCGGCCGCUGCGCUGCAGCUCCUGCUCUCGCGGUCACUCCUCGCUGCGGUGGUGCUUGCAGGGCUCAGUUCCCCCUUCGUUCUCUUCUCCCUCAUCGCGUGGCAGCCUCGCCCUCAGCGGCGGCAGCGGCGGAAGGCAUGUCUGACCCGGAGCUGAGGCUGGUGCUCGAGCUCGCCACCGACGAGGAGCUGAUGGAGUUCGAGGAGAUUCUCUAUGGCACCAGCUAUUUUAGUCCAUUGUUGAAAUCAAUUGCGAGAAGACCAAACUCAGAUUCUGCUGUUGUUUUGGAUGAUAUUGCGGAGAGAGAUCUUUUUAUCUCAAAAUUAGAGUCAAGGUUCCUGUAUCUUGCUGCAGAUGCCCACUCGAUUAUAAGGGGGUGGAGGCCAUCUUACAGAGAUGUCUUGCUUGGAGUAAGGAAAAAACUUGGUGUUCGUUGCUCUAGCAAAUUGUCUACAGCAGACCUUGAGGCAGAAAUAUUCCUUCAUCUUGUGAAUGAAUAUUCAAGCCAUCAGAAAGACCCAGUUUCAUUUCCAUGGGAUAAACAAAAGUCUCCAAACGAAAUCUCUAAUCUUGGAGUAAACAAGUGGAAGGUGCUUACUGAUACAGCUUGGAGGAUUGGAGCAAAGGGACUGGAAAGUACCUUUCUAAAGGGUGGUAGUGCGUUGACCGUGAAAACAAUAUAUGAAUCGUUAGCCAGUAGACUAUCUGGAAAGCUGCUGAGGGAGGCUGCCAAUUAUGAGAUAAAGAAAGAACUUGUUAAGCAGGGUGGGCGUUUGGCUGCUGGUAAUCUGGAAUCUAGAGCUGGCUUGCUUGCAGCUAGGCAGGGUUUGGCUCGCGCAGCAUCAAGAUAUGUUGGACUUAGGAGUGUCAUGACAUUUCUUGGACCGAUAAUGUGGGGGACUCUCUUGGCUGAUAUUGUGAUUCAAAUGCUGGGGACGGAUUAUGCUAGGAUUGUGCAGGCAAUCUAUGCAUUUGCUCAGAUUCGUCUGACUCGCACAAGUUACAUAGAACCUCAUGAAGAAUGACCAAGUGUGAUCUCGUUACUGGACUAGGCUAACUGCCAUUCUGAUCCCCUAGAUUAUUACCGUCCCAUAAUGUACAUUUUAACCAUGAAGAUCAUUACCUGCGGAUCCGGAUGCACUACUCCAUGGGACAACGAGGUUAGGCUUUCAGACUUUGGAGGAGCACUGCUGCUCACGGAAGUGCAUAGGACACAGAGUGACUACAAGACUCUGAUUCGCAGGGGAAGAGCACAACAGGAAUAGUUUGUGCUUCCUGAUAGGCUACUUCCUGAAUGUAAAGCUUAGCAGAAUUACCUAAUUGUGACAGUGGAAAUAUAGUAGUGUUUUAACCAAGAGCUCCACUGCACAAUGACCAUCUGGGCGACCUACUCUCUGAACGCGGAAGUUGUGACUGAAUUUACUUCCGCCUCA